AUGGGUGUCGGUCAGCACGAUUUUUUUGCCCAUUCGGGCCAGGGGUCGGUUGGACCCGUCAUCGGCGUGCUGGCGGUGAUCACCGUCCUCGGAGUCAUCGCCGGCAUGAUUGGAAGGCUCUGUUCUGGCCGUCGGAUCAUGGGUCACGCCCAGUACUACGACUUCGAGGGCUGGGUCGAGAGGAAAUGCUCCACGUGUCUCGACGGCACCAUCGACCCUCCUCCGCCGCCGCCGCCGCUGGUAGCUCCGGCGGAAGUUCCGGUGGCGAUGCCUGCGGAACCGCCGCAAGAGGCGAAGGAAGAAGGGGAAGUAGAGGAGGAGGAGGAGGCAGCAGAGCAAGCCCAAGCUCGGCAACAACAGAAGAAACGACGACAACAACAACAACAACACAACUUACAUGCAAGUACUAGAAUUAUGCACUUGUCUAUGUCCUUUGUAAAUUCCGUUCAAAACCUCUCCAUGUCGAGAAAUUGUUGAAUCAUGACUGCACCCAAAAAAAUGUGAAACCCACAAUCCGGUCAGGAUCCGCGAGCCCCGGCUCCCCGACCCCCCUCAGGCCGCUUUAGUCCACCAUGCAACUCAAUU